CCCACGACCUCUGGCUUCAUCGCAGCUUGGGGUCCUGUCAUGACAUCUCAACAUGACUACUUUUCCCCUCUAGACAAGCCUCGCAUUCGGCACAUCACAGGCGUACGCAUCCAUCAACUCACCCUUCCCGAGAGUCUACCUUACGCAUCUAAGCUUCUGCAAGAUCCAGAGAUACCUUCCCCAAUAGAAGGAUACAACUUGGGCGACAGUAGCCGUCCUCGGCUUUCAAGCACUGCUUCUCACGAACUAUCCAGGAGAGAACGUAGGGUCUCUGUUGCCAGCAGGACACGUUCAGAGUCUUCUUCCACCAUCUGUCCUUCGUCUCCCGUUCAUCGCACUACCAGGUCUUAUCGUCUGAGAGCGCCUACACUCGCUGGGGAAGCUAUAGAACAUGCUCAGGAAGGGUCAUGGGCGGAAUCAGUUCUCUCAAAGGAUACCUCGGAUCAGGUGGAUACUGCAACUCAAGAACGACUAGCAAGAUGCUUUGUGGUCCUCAAGAUUGCUGAGAAAGACGGAGGCGUCCCGUUUCCUCAGAGAAGUCACAGUCAAAGCGACUCGUCUAGACCUCCACCUCUGCGACCCCUUCAAGGACGAGGACCGUCGAGAUCACUAUCGUCUCCUACCGCGAGAGCGGCGGAGAGUAGAUCACGACCGUCUACCGUUGAACCACCUGAUACCCCUUCUCCUCCAUUGACUCCUAUUAGUAGUACUUCAUCCUUCUCUGGUGUUGGAGAUCGACCUGCCAUAAACAGACAAUCGUCGCUUUCCAUUCAAGGGAAGAACAAAGGCCAGCCGGCAAGAUUAUCUAACACCGAAGGGAAACUCGAGUCGGCCAGUCCAAUGAAAACGAAAUCCAGUCUGCCUCCUAUAUCAGUCUCUCUCCGCCAGUCCAAAACUGGUCGUCCUGCACCACGGCCCUCGAGUUCUGCAAGCGAUACCAAAGUCCCAUUACCUUCCAUCUCGACUCCCACGCCCACUACUCCCUUUUUCUUCUCUUCUAUACAUCCACCAUCGACACAUCCACGUUUCCUCUCCCUUACACCGGAGACUGACUUUGCAUCAUGGUUGACCGUACAAGAGAUGGCCAGCAGUGAGCUUGUAGUCGAAAUAUGGGUGGAGGACUCGUUCGUUCCAUCCGUUGAAACACUGAAAUGGCGCAAGCUCGAAAAUGUGGGAGGCAGAGUCCAGCUAGACGAUCUACGAAUAGUGACCGACGAUACGGUCCGACCACCCAACACACUCGAAUUCACUCUAUCCAUUUUUCCCAAGAGUGUCUUCUACCUUCCUCUCGGUGGAUCUCAUCAUGUCACUGGUACAAAGAACGCAGAUUCCAUGCGGAGUAUGUUGCAAAGAAGUGUACGAGAGUUACGCAGGAAACAGAGUCUGGGCGUAGGAGGUCUGCAUCAGCUGGUCAACCUUCAAGCUGUGAUAGCUGAUACCGAGCGAGAGAUCGCGCAGGUGCAGCGGAAGAUCAACGCUCUCCUGCUUGCUGAUACGGACAAUAGCGCCCUUCGCCGAGAGGUCGAAGAGCGGUCGGGCAGGAUCAGAUGGCUGAAGAAAGCAAUCAUGGAGGUUGAGAAAUCGACGAUGGAAGCACAGUCGAGAGUGUCUUUGGAGCAAGAGGAGAUGGAAAGACGAAGAGAAAACCUGGCUCGAGCUGAAGAAGCCGACGAAAUCAGGCGCAGCGGGAUGGAAGAGUUACAUUCGGAGGUGAAGUCCAUCCAACAAGAAACUCAAGCCCUUCGCCCAGCUAUCCAUUUACUCCGAUCACAGCAUGUUCAAACUCUCGACUCGCUCUUCCCCAUUGUACCCUUAAACCCUUCCACACUGCUGUACUCUAUCCUGGAAGUACCUCUUCCCAUCCCUUCCUCCCCAGAAGAGCCUGCUCCGCCUUUGACUAUGCCCACUGGCGUCUUGCCUGAUGGCAUGAAGAUCGAUGAGAGGACGACAUCCGCUGCGCUGGGAUAUGUAGCAAUGGUGGUCCAUCUGUUGGACCAGCUGAAAGGGACGGAAGGAGGUUUACCGUACCCCGUGACGUGUGCGGGCAGUAGGAGCUUGGUCAAGGAUGCUGUCAGCGUGAUGCAGGGUCCUAGAUCAUUUCCGUUAUAUGCCCGAGGCGUAGAGCGAUACCGAUUUGAAUAUGCCGUUUAUCUGCUCAACAAGAAUAUCGAGAUGUUGAUGCAAGAAGCGGAUAUUCGACUGGUUGAGCUACGUCACACCCUUCCAAAUCUCAAAAAUCUCCUCCUCACUCUGUCAUCUCCAGAACCACCACCACUACCAAUUCCCAUGAUAGCUAGCUCAUCACGUCAAACCUCACUCUUCGUCGAGGGGUGUCAACACACCUUCUCCCUUGGGAAGAAGGAUAAAUCGACGUCGGAAGAGCGAGAGGCCUAG